AUGGCCCCAACUGCAACUGCCUUUUCCACAGCCUCAUCAGAAGUUGUCACGAAUUCUCUUACCAUUAGUAGCCUUGUAGAGGAAGCAUUCUAUAUAGAAAACUUGGAAGAGCUAAGGGCUCAACUAGAAGCCCAUGGAAAACUGUACAAAUUCGUACCCGCAAAAAGUAUCAAGCGGAUUUUUGUUGUAUAUUAUAACACUGCAGAGGCCAAGACUGCAAAGACAUAUUGUGAUAGAAACAUAUUCUUAGGAAAAGCCAUGCGGGUCUACUUUGCCCAGCACACGACAAUCUACGACGAUUCAAACAAUUCGAGGCAUCUUGCUGUGCCCCAAUUAGACAGAAACUAUCUUAUAUCUCCGCCAUGCUCGCCACCACUUGGAUGGACAUCAUUGCGCGAAACUGGUCCGAAUUCAACGACACUCGCUGAUGACCUCUCUCAUGCAUUUGCUCGAUUAUCACCAAAUAGUCUGAUUCCAAGAAUCAUUGACGAUGAAGACUUGCACAAUUUCUCCUUGGAUGAUGGUAAUAGUAUGGAAGAAGUAACGAGUAUCGAUAAUAAUGACGUAUGUUGUAACGCAUGUGAGAAGAAUCUAGCAGCUCCGGGCUUGAUUGUGAUUUCAACAGACGACAACUCGGACAGCGAAGUGACAACGCCAAAAAAUGAUUUAUCCGUUCCUGCAAUAUUAAUUCAGGACUGGGACACUCCCUUUUCUGUACCAACGAUCCAAGCAUCUGCUCGUUCAAUGGGGUUACCCCAGUCAUCAAAAGCAUCACUUUCUCCUGCUUCUUUAAAUCGACAUCCUAUGGUUACACCACGUCCUCGGAUAAUUCCUACUGCACGACCACCCAACUAUUAG